GGCGGGGCCGGGCGGCGCGCACAAGUCGGCCGCGAGUUGCCGGCGGUCGGUGGCGGAGCAGCACUGGCUGUAACUUGACACCGGAGCGAGAGGCCGAGCGGAGAGAGGGAGCGAGAGCGGCGGCGGAGGAGGAGGAGAGGAGCCCCAGGGAGCGGGAUGGUGACCACCUCCUUCCCCUCCCCUUAGCGGCGCUCCGCAGCAGCAGCAGCCGCCGCCGCAGCGCCGGGGACUCUCGCCUGCCGCGGGGCUGGGGGGGCAGCCGGCGAUGGGGACGGGACGGGUCCCCUGAGCUCCUGGGAACUUUCCCCGCCGCGGGCAGUCGGAGCCGAGCAGGCGGAUGGAGGAUGCGCUUUGCCCGGCGGGCUGCGUGACCCGGCGGCGGCGAAGGGGAGGAUGAAGAAGAAGCAGCAGCACGGCGGCGGCGGGGACUGCCCGGCGCCCCGGCUCCCCGCGGCGGCGGCGGCGGGAGGGGGCCCGGGCCCGGGCCAGGGCGGGGGCUGGAAGAGGCGGCGGCCCCUCUCGCCGCUGCCCUUCCUCUCGCUGCGCGACUACGGCUUCUGCAUGGCCGCCCUGCUGCUCUUCUGCCUGGGAUCCCUCUUCUACCAGCUCAACGGGGGGCCCCCGCACUUUCUGCUGGACCUGCGGCACUAUCUGGGAAAUUCCACUUACUUGGAUGACCAUGGACCACCCCCUCAAAAGGUGCUUCCUUUCCCCAGCCAGGUGGUCUACAACAGAGUUGGAAAGUGUGGGAGUCGAACUGUGGUUUUGCUUUUGAGAAUUUUAUCAGAGAAACAUGGAUUCAACCUAGUUACAUCUGACAUCCAUAACAAAACAAGACUGACCAAAAAUGAACAGAUGGAAUUGAUUAAAAACAUAAGCACUGCUGAGCAGCCCUAUUUAUUCACUAGACAUGUUCAUUUCCUCAACUUUUCAAGGUUUGGAGGAGACCAGCCGGUGUACAUCAAUAUCAUUAGAGAUCCUGUCAAUCGAUUUUUAUCCAAUUAUUUUUUUCGACGUUUUGGAGACUGGAGAGGAGAACAGAAUCACAUGAUCCGUACCCCCAGCAUGAGGCAGGAGGAAAGAUACCUGGACAUUAAUGUAUGUAUCCUUGAAAACUACCCUGAAUGUUCCAAUCCCAGGUUAUUUUACAUCAUACCAUAUUUCUGUGGACAGCAUCCAAGAUGCAGGGAGCCUGGUGAAUGGGCCCUUGAAAGAGCAAAGCUGAACGUUAAUGAAAAUUUUCUGCUUGUGGGCAUUCUGGAGGAGUUGGAGGAUGUGCUGCUUUUAUUAGAAAGAUUCUUACCUCAUUAUUUCAAGGAUGUGCUUAGCAUCUACAAAAACCCAGAACAUAGGAAACUUGGCAAUCUGACUGUGACAGUGAAAAAGACUGUCCCCUCUCCAGAAGCAAUACAGAUCCUCUACCAACGCAUGAGAUACGAGUAUGAGUUUUAUUACUAUGUCAAAGAACAGUUCCACCUGCUGAAGCGCAAGUUUGGACUGAAGUCUCAUAUCAGGAAACCACGUCCCAGACCUGAGUUCUUCAUUCCUUCUCCCCUGGAAACAGAGGAACCAAUAGAUGAUGAGGAAGAAGAUGAUGAAAAGUGGCUAGAGGAUAUCUAUAAAAGUGGAGGUAAAGAAGUGCUGUUAUCCCCAUUUCAUACAUUGGGAAUGGAUACAGCAAGUGGUGCUUGGAAACCCACAACAUGAAGCAAUGCCUUACUGUUCAGCAACCUACACCGACACGGAGUGAAAAGACAGUUCUUGCUCAGCUCACCAAGUAGUUGGUUUUGUCUGGUGUAUCCAUAAACCAGAAGGCUUCUCCAGCUGUCAGACAGGGGUGUAUGCCUCUCGGCUGAGAGAUCUGGUGCUUCCCGUCAUCUCCUCCCAGUCCCUCCCUUACCUGGACAGUACACAUCGUUGAAGCGUUUGCCUACGUCUUCUGGGGAGCAUCUUAAGGAGGAUUGAGCAAACGUGGACAUAAUCCAAACUCCUCUGUCCGAGUGCCCGUGCUUUGUGGAGGAGCAUGAGCUGCUGAGCCUUGCUCUAAACUUUGAUACUGGGGGAAGGCUCUUGAGGUUGAGCCCACCUUGCAGGUGUCAGCUUCGUUCCUGCUCCAGAUCUAGUUUCUGCUCUGAGUAUUAGGGCGAGUCCCGGCCUGUCUCUGUUGAAAUAACUGAGGCUUAGCAAUGCCAAAUCCGUCCCCUUUGGCUUCGGGCCAGGAGGCUGAAAUGCGCUGGCAGGUAGAGCACCAUGGCAGCCGGCUCCUGCAAGGAAGGCGAGAUGAGACCCAGCCCAUUUCUCUGACAGGAAAGGGAACGGAGGCGUCGCCAAAACCUUGGCCAAGAACAGCUCUGACCGAAGUUAAGAGCUUCUAACUUCUCUGCAAAACAGAUAGAAAAGCGCAAAAUAGAUAGCAAAGCUUACUGGAGCAAUCCAGGGAAAACGCAUUUAGCCACAGGUCAGCAUCUUUUAAGCAAGCUGCUGCUCCUUGCUAACAUGAGGAAGGUCAGGCCCUUUCUUUCCUUAAAAAAUGUACGUGGUCCCCCACCCCGGCCCCCUUCACGGCUGCUGCCUGGGCUGUCGCAGCCGUGCCGGUGCUGUCGCCGGCGGCAGAAGAGGACGCAGCGGCCCGGCUGCCUCGGGAGCCCCGCACAGCAGGCGGCCCGGCUUGCUGCCGAAUUGCUGUGUGGCCUGGCCUAAUUGCUUAAAGCUUUCCUUUUCCCUUUGCCGCGAAGGCCGGAGUGUAGUAUUUAUCUACUCUGCAAAACUUUUAUGAGAAUUGGUACGGUUUUGUAGAAUUCCUGAAUAACAGGGAUCACAAUAGCUGCGGUGGAGCCAGACUUCGCAAACCCAAACGCCUGCGCCGUUUGCCUGAUUUACGUGCAGUCUCUACGGGCAGGAAUUGCGCUCCUCUGCCUCCCACCGAUCCCAGCGGCAAGUGCCCCAGACCACUCAAAAUCCAGCUGAGGUGCAACUGCCCAGCGUGCUUCAGCCUCCACCUCCCUCCUUCAGUGUCAGUCCCGGGCACCAUCAAGGAGCCCAGGUACCACUGGAAGGCAGCGGGAUGUAGCUCUCUAAACCACCUGGGGACUUUGCACUGGUUUGUAUUCCUCUGGAAAUAAAAAGGAGGCACUGAGAAUUUCCAUGGGGAAAUUUUCCAUGGGGAAAACCUCCUCAUUUUCCUGCCAGAUAGUGAGCUGUGAAAAGUAAUUUGAAACAGGAUAGGGAAUCCCCACCUUCCCCCAAAUAUCCCUUCAGGUUUUGGCCAGGCCUGAUGUACUGUGAAGCCGGCAGUGUCACGUUGUAUCCUGGAAGACUCCUCUUACAGUCACCAUUUAGGAUCAAAUAGUAAUAGUAAUGACUAAUAGUAAUGAUAAUAAUGUGUUUACCUCACAGUGUUCAUGUUCAACUGAGUAGUAGAUGCUGCAAUUGAAACCAACCAAAAAAAUGCUUCAUAUGCAGAGGAAACCUUAUGCAAGAAGUGGAUGAGUGCAGCUUAAACUGCAGGAGCCUCUUGCUGAGGCAGCCUAGACUGCAGUGCUCGAUGGCUGGGCGUAGCUAGCUUUUUCUUCUUCCUUGCCCUCCAGUGCAUGCCAGUCAUUUCAGUUUAGAUUGAACAGCCUUUUAGAAAAAAUAGUAAGCCAAGCCAAACCCAAGUAUCCAUUGCUUUCUCCACCCCGUCGCUCCAAAAGCAGUUUGCUUUAGUCCAAUGAGUCAAAAGGUAUUGCUCCCUUACUCAUCAUUCCCAUUUGCAUUGCUCAAGAGGAGACCUGGCAGAGAAACGGUGUGCACAAGCCCUGGAGCUUGUACGGGGACUUGGUAGCUCAUUCUUGGGGAAGCGCCACAUUAGCUGUUGGGACUUCAGGCUUGGAGACUGUCUAAAUGGUUGUCGCUAUUUGCUCAGGGCCAACAGAGCCUGCGUGAAGGUGCCACCCUAAAGGGAACUGCAAUCUGAAAUAACCAAGUGGAGCAAAACGGGGCUGGCACACGCAGCCAUGGCAAGUUCCCACCGUGGCACUACAGUUACAUGCAGUUAGCAUGUGUUAGGUUUCUGCACUGUAUAGGAACAUACACAGGUAUGUGCAUAUAGCUUCAAAACACUUAACUACGGCCCUCUGGAGCUCCACAGGGUUUUUAGACACGAAACGCAGAAGGGUUUUGCUUCUAUAAAGUUUGAAAGAAGUUUGGAGACCAGAGCAGAGAAACCGGAAAAGAGGUGAGAUGCACGGCGAAGUAUAAGGAGCAGAAUGCUGUACAAGGGGAGGCAAGGAUAGAUAAUCCCAGUGCAGGUAUUAUUAAGCAGCUGGAUAUCCAUAAGGGAGCUGCAGAAAGGCCAGUCACAGCCUCUCUGGCUCCGCUCUCCCUGCCCCUCUGCUGUAGGCAGACUUCAUGAAAAGCCCACGUCUGAUAAAAGACAGGAGCACACAGCAACAGGGAAGGGAUUCAACCUGGGUCCAGACCUAGUGAUGGGUUCCAGGUGAAAAUGCUUAAUAACCCUGGAAGCCACUGCCUUUCAGGUGCUGGAGCCGAUCUGAGGGGAGGUGAGGAGAGAUGGGAUCCUUUCUUCCUUUUGGUUCUCAUCAGCGAAGGCCACUGCUGGUGCAAAUUAACUAAUACUGCACAUUUAUGAAAGGAAGCAAGGCUGCCUGUAAUACUCUUCCACGCUUUCUUCUAGCAACUGGUCAAUGUCAGGUUUGUUUAAGGGUUUUCUUCACCUCUCAAUCUCAACUUUGUGCCCUCUGCUUCUCCAAAAAGAAGUGCUAAAGUCGAGGGAGGCUCUGGGCUGGCUCGCUUUUCUCAGAGGAAGGGUUUUUCCUCCUCCUGCUGCUGCGGUCCCUUGUUCCCACACCUCAUGGCUCUCCGCAUUUCAACGCGGAGCCCGUGCUCCGCAAAUAUGGGCGGCAAGCUUUCAAAGAAUGCGUCUGUUUAUGUUACCUCUCCCCGGCCCAACAUCCUGUUUUAGGAAGAACAGCUUCUAUAAUGAGAAGCGGGGGAAAGCGAACAAAUGAUUCUUCGCGCCAGGGGCGAAGGUCUUCCUCUCCGCCUUAGCCUCUCUUCUGUUUUGGGGGUGGACCCUUACUUUUUCCCCGGAGUUCCCGCCCGGAGAGAGCGGGGGACAAACCCAGCCGCGCUCCCGGCCCAGGCCCGGCGGUGCCCUCCGCCUGCCGAGCCGCAGCCCGAGAGAACGGCAGCCGGCUCGGAGGGGGCUCUCCUGGGGAGCCGUACCGGCUCAGCCGGGGCCUGUCCCCCGGCCCGGAGCCGGGCGGGCACUAGAGGGAGCCGGAGCGGCGGCCGCGGCCCUCCCCGCUCCCGCCGAGCCCCCGCCGCCGCCCGGCCCCGGCCCCGGCCUCCGAGCCGGGGGAGCAGCACCGGGGCUGGCUCCCGGUCACCAAACAACCCCGGGAAGCUCGCCGUCGGAGCUGGCUGCGCGGUGUCGCUUCGGAUUAGCGCUUUUGUUCGGCUGCGGCUCGGGGCCGGCAGCACCCCCGGCUUGCUUCGUUCCCUCCCGUUUGCAGCUGCCGGGCCCCGGGUACCUGCAGGGCCGCGGCAAGCCCGGGGCAGCCGGCGAGGAGGAGGAGGAGGACCGGCUUGUCGGCAGAAGAAGCCCGAGAGAGCCCGGACGGAGCCGGGGCUGCCAAACACACGGUUCUGGAAGGCAGCGAGCAUCCAGGCACCGAGAAAGGCAAGAGGUUACAGGCGGGAGAUGAUGUGAAAUGUGGCAGGGUAUUAGAAGAGGAAGGCCAGGGAGUGGCCACGUCUCUGGAGAUGGCAGCAAGGACGGGCUCGCUGCUGGAGGAGAGAGGGAGCGCCUUGCUGCAUACUGAAAUGAUAAUAGACAGCUCGCUUUCAAGAGCCAACCAAAGAAACCAAGUAUGUGAAACGUCCUUUCCGGGCUGGGGCUGUAACAAUCUUUGCCGAACGAACGUCAGACCUGCAAAAACAUAUUCCCGUUGACUUUUGGCAGUGGGAAGAACAAGUUAAACUUCUGCACAGACGGUACCUUUCUUCUGGUGACAUCAAAGCUCAGAAAAGAUGAAUAGCCUAAACCCUAUCGCUCUCUUGAGAGAUCGUUCACUAUUAUAAUCCCAGCUUUGCCGGGCACGUUUAGAAGCACAUGGCUUACCCAGUCUCGCACUUAAGAACAGGAGCCUAGGUCUCUUCCUAGCACCUUGCUUUAAACAGGAGCCUGUGUGUGUCCGUGUGUCCCGUCCCCCCAUACUUUCACCCCUUCCUAUUGCCUCUCCUCCAGCAAGCGGCACCAUACAGGGUACGGGCAAUUAUCAUUAGGUGAACUCGCCCGUGGUUCCUUGUUCGCUAUUUUGGUCCGGACAGAACAUAGAUCCUGGGACACGGGCACAGAGAGAGAUUAGGUGGUUUAAAUCUUAUGCCUCGGGCCCCUCUCCAAGGAAAAGCUGUUGCUAACUUACAGCUGUCUCGUGCUCUCUGUGGAAUGAGAGGGAAGUCCAUUCAGUCUGGUGAAAAUAAACCCACCAUCAUAGCUGGCAUUCUCGUUGGUAGUCUCAGUGCAGAGGCCAAGGAUUUGAGGGCUGUGACACAUGAGGCAGCUCGCUCCUAAAGAGCUUGAUCUGGGUUGAAACGUGUCAUCAGAAAAGCAUGAGGAGCCUUGUGCUCCCACUGUCAAUACAGUACUUGCCCUCUUCACACAGACCGGCUUUCCUUUUCUGUCCUGGCCCUUUACUGUACAUUCAUGUUAAAGGAGAAGGACACCCAGUUUCCUCUCGCUAAGCUCAAGGACUCAACCAUCAAUCCUGCAGCUACCAUUUUGCUGUCGCCAUUUGUCCUUCUCUCCUCCUGUAUAAAAGGUUGUGUCCUAUCCUGCCUGCUACCUGGCAGGCACCCCGUCAUCUCCUUUGCCUGUUCACCCUCCUCCCUUGUUCCCCAGCUCCUCCUGGGCAUGAAGCUGAGUGCUUGUGCUUGUGCUUCUACCUGGGUACAGUGACUCACAGCUGGGCAGACUGUCAAGUGGAUGAGCAGUGAGAAAUGGGCUGUUGCACAAACGUCAUUCUGCUAACAGCCCGGUGAGGAGGAAUUGGGAGUCCCUGCAGACACGACUGCACCAUGCUGCACCCCAGGCAGCAGCCAUGAUUUUUGCUGUCCUGAUUGACGGCUGUCAAGGGACUAAAGAAACUCUCCUUGAGCUUGCCAGCCCUGCAACAUCAGCCAUUGCAGCAUCUUCUAGCAGACAGACUUCCACGAAGAAAAGUGCUUCUGUUUUGUGAAGCGUUGUUGGCUGGAGGGCUAGAAAAAACAGCGCUCACGUGUUUUAUUGUCAUUCUUCACAUCACUUAAAAUGAAGCUACUACGAGAUGUUGCGAAGGGGGACGUUAAAUAGAGGAAUUAAAUCUCAUCAGAGAAUUUCUCAGCUCACUGACUUGCCACAGGUGCAGCUCUAAGGAUAAAGCAGUUGUCAGGAGCUCUUCCAGGAGCACGGCAGCACUGUAGCUGUGUACAUGCUCUGCCAUUAUCAGCCUUCCCCUCCAGUUUAGGAUCAAGAGUGAGUCUAGGGCUAUGCAAGAGGCUAUCACAGGCAAGAAGUGUUGACUAUAAUAAGGCUAUUUAUCAUACGAUACGAGAAAGCAGAAGCUUUCAUCAUAGAGGCCUGGAGGUUUUUCUCUUUACAGUUUUUAUCAACAGGUCUGAGAGUUUAUACAGACUCCUCAUAAGGGGUGAAAUCUCUGUUGAAGUGGGUUUCAUAAUCUUCCCGACUUAAUUCAUUUAAUAUGGUCAACAUAAGCGUAGCACACAGCAAAUAGGCCAGAACAACUCUGUGAGGCGAGAAGGUACAGCGAGUGAGAAGGAGAGACGCAGUGGGGGGAUACACCACCAGCAGAAACUGAAAUGCAAAGCCUUCUAGAAGAGUUGUCGUCCAUCAAACUGAUUUGCCACCUUACGUCGCCACUGUAAUGGUUUCACAUUUUGCAAGCUUUUCCUCAUGGAGCCUAAUCCAACGGCCGCUGGCCCUGUGGCUGAAAUUAAGGAGGUGAAUCACCCUGGAGAUGACAUGCAGGCUUUUUAACUGAAAGAAAAAAAAGGUUAAAAAAAAAAAUCAGUCUUAAGUCUCCAAGCUUUCCCAGGCAAUUCUGGGUGGCCUGGUUUGAUCUCUUCCCCUUGCAUUCGCUGACAUAGGUGUUUUCUUGAUACAACUUCCACACACUCACUGUGAGUCCUCCUCAGAGCUAAGCAUGCUAUGUGUUCAUUCUCCAACUUAAAAAAAAAAAAAAAAAAAAAAAAAAAAAAAAAAAAAAAAAAGGCUAGAAAAAUGUAAGCGAGGGGUGCUCCAGCGAGGCUGUGUGGACAGCUCUGCAGCGCCCAGCUCCUGCACACCUUCCUCUGAAGGCUAUGGAAAGGGUUUUAAAUUAUAUGGUGCCAAGAGAAGGGGAGGCCUGCAGCUGGUUUUAGUCCUGGGGUAAGAAAGUUAAAAGAAUAAAAGAAUUACAGGCAGCUCUUUCACGUAGGUGAUUAGUGCAAAGGAAUGUCAGAUUCGGCAAAGAAAGUUUGCUUAUCAAGCUGCAGAUUUAUUAAAUGCGUUCCAGACUUGCAUUGCUUCAUUCAAGUUUAACAGAGCUGUAAUCUUAAUAUGCCCUUUAGCAAUUUAAUACUCUCUUGUACAAAUCAUUGGAAAAUUUAAAAUAGAAAAAUAUGUCCAGGCUUAACUGUAAGAAGAAGGGAAACUCUGUACAAAAACAGAGGAGAAAGAAUGCAUGGGUAAAGCUGAAUAUUACUGAAUAUCUUACCACAUGUAUUAUUCUGCUGAGUUAUUAGUACGUGCACUCUCAUCUGUGGGCUAAAGGAGGAACUAGCAGUAAUAACUUACAGAACAACAAUUUUCAGCAUCAGGGCUCGAGACUGGCAUCACAUCAUGCCCAGAAAUUACUCCUCAGGAAACACGUUUUAUACAUUUUUUUGCCUUCAGAGAACACAAAUGUGGGUUUCUUCUUUAAGGAAAUGAAAAUCAGUUGUUGGUGCUGCUUAUAACAGACAGGAAAUAUUGCUGUCAAACACCAUACAAUUGCUUUCAUAAUAAAAAGGGAUGUAAACAUUGAAUUGGUACAUCACUGAGACAUUAAAGACAAUCUUUGUUGGAGAUAGAGAGAGGACAAGCCUGUAAAAUGCCUCACUGCUACAUAAUUAUGUGUGAAUAUAAACAAAUCCAUAAACAUAUUUCUGCAUAAAUAUUUUGGGUCUAA